CGCGCCCCAGAGGGUACAUUUUGAAAACCAAAAAUAAAAUACCUAACGGCUACUUUCUUCCAUUAUCGUAGUUCAUACUUCUCUCAUCUCCGCUCUCCCUCUAACAGUGCAGACAGAGAAAUUUAUCUAGAAUUUUUUUCAUACCUCCUGUAAUGGCAGAAACCAACAACGUAAAACCGAAUCGGUGCUUCAACCCCGCUAGAAAAGUGCGAAUAAUUGGGAAAAUCAGGGGUUUUACAGACAAGGAAUCUGAAUCCGAGAGCAAAGAUUCAAAGCCAUGGAUCACUGUCAAAAAACCGCAAGAGGAUGGCUCAUCUGAGAAAUAUGCAGUCUUUCUAGAUGCUCAAUCGACCAGUCGAAAGGAUGGGUAUGAGCUCGAUUAUUGCUCUGAACAAGAUGAAGAAAUUGGUGAAAUAUACUCAAGAGAGAUAAAACCCCUGGUCUCGGACAUCUUUGAUGGCCGAAAUGCAUCAGUCAUUGCUUUUGGGGCAAGGGGAAGUGGCAAAACAUACACCAUCCAGGGAUCUCUUGAGAAACCAGGUUUGGCAGUCUUGGCAAUGUCUGAAAUCCUUUCAAAAGCAAGAGAAUUACAGAAGUCAGUUUCGGUGUCCCUCUAUGAACUAUCACAUGAUCAGGCAUACGAUCUGUUGAAUCCUAGGCAUCCCGCUGUCCAAGUACUGGAAGAUGCUAAUGGCAAAAUCAACCUCAAAGGACUUUCUCAGGUCUCUGUGAAAUCUAUCUCGGAAUUUCAUAAUAUAUACUUUAGUCAGGGUAAUUUACAGAAUAGUCAAAAGGUACAAACGCAUCAACCACGCAGCCACAGGGGCUUGAUGGUGCAUAUAUCAUCUGAAGAAGACUCACUAAAGACCAAGCUGGUGAACAAGAUUAAUUUUGUUGAUUUAGCAGGCUACGAGGACCCCAAAAAAAGUAGCAGAGAUGGAAUCACACCUGCUGAGAGUAAUUGGAUAAAUAAGUCACUUUAUGCAAUACUAAAUGUUGUUAGUGCCAUUAACGCGAGUGAGAUUCGAGUGCCAUAUCGGGAAAGUAAACUCACUCGAAUCUUACAAGACUCCCUUGCUGGCUCAAGUCAUGUAUUGCUUGUCACUUGCUUGAAUCCUGUCUUUUGCCAAGACUCUCUUAGCUCAAUAAGUUUGGUUUCUCGGUCAUGUCGAAGCACAAGGCAAGUAUUGACAGACUCCACUAAUAGAAUUAGUAGUUUAGCAAAAGCGAAGGUGUCUUCGUCAUUGAAAAGUGGGAAAACAAUGUCUACUUCCUUGAGUGUGAAAAAGCAGGUUGGUCGCAGUCAACUCUCUUCGGCCAAUCAGGCUAGUUCCAUCUUGAAGGGAAGGAAACUCUUCGGUGAAGAAAAAGUUGUCACCCCUAAGCAGUUGAGAUGCCAGUCUGAAGAUACUUCAGCCCAGAAGUCCAAAAUUCUUCCAAAUCUUGCUUUAAUUGUUGCACCAUUUUCUCUGGAAGAGGUUCCACUGGAUAAAUCUAAUUCACAAUGUAGUCCAAUGAUAGAACCCGCCGAAGAUGUUAAUUUUGAAGGACCUGGAUCUCAAUCUUUGUUUGAGUUGCAGAAUACUUUGUUGCCAAGUGCUCAUAGCGCUGCUACGAUGACAGAAAUGGAGGCUUCUCUUCAAAGUGGGAUCUAUCACCUAAGAUCUACUCCGAGUGCUAAUUCAGAUGCAAUAUGUGAAGCAAACAAUCCUGUACACAAGAAGAACGAUGCAUCCCCGCCACUAAGUGAAAGAAUUAGAGAAAUAUCUAACAACUUAAAGACAUUAUGUGCAUCAAGUCCAUUGACGAUUAAGAUGCCAGAGGAGGCAACUGCAUCAUACAGUAGUCAACUAUGCUACAACGAUAUUGUGGAACCAAAAACUCCGGCUAUGGAACUUAGCAUUGCAAGAUGUUGUAGCCCUCCGGGUAAUUUCAGCAAUCGCGGUUCCGGGGUUAAGCAUUCUCUUGUUCGUGAGUAUCUCAGCUUUUUGAAUUCCGCCAACAAAGAAGAGUUGAAAAGCCUGAAGGGUAUUGGAGAGAAGAGAGCUACAUAUAUUCUUGAACUUCGUGAAGGAUCUCCUGAACCAUUCAAGACUCUUGAUGAUUUGCAGGACAUCGGCCUUUCAGCAAAGCAGAUCAAAGGCAUGAUGAAACAGGUGGCUGGAGAUCUUUUCAAUUAGAUAACCCAAUAGUUCGCCUGGCAACCUGAAGUUGCUACUCAUAUCCCCCUCCCCCUCUCUGCUUGUUCCCCUCUCGCGCUCUUCCUACUAUUUAAUUCUUGUUAUGGUUGUAUGUCCCCCCACCCUACUCCUUGAUUCUUGUUAUGGUUGUAUCUUGACAAGAUAACCUGUAAUCCUUUGAUUAAUGUAUGUCCAUACUGUAUC